AUGCCGUACGUCCCGCCGCACCGCCGAAACCAGGUCCCGGCGCCAGCUGCCGGCGCAGAGUCGCAAGGCAAGUCGCUCAGCGACCUCGUCGACAGGCCGCCGCCGCGGCAGCAGCGCGAGCCGCUCCGCGCCGGCGGCGGCGGUGCGGGCGGCGGCCUCGACUCGCGUGGGCCGCCGCGUCACGGCGGCGCCGCCGACCUCUCAAGGUCGGCGCUGCGGGCGCCGCCGCCCGACAAGGACUACUCUGUCGACCGGGGCCGGGACUUGUCAGUCGACCGACUGGCCGAGGCUACCGGCUAUAAGUACAACCCAAAGGGCGCGCCGUCACGCUUCGGCUCCGCUGGCCGCAACCCGCACCGGCCGCUGGGCGAGGGCGAGGACGUGCCGGGCGGGGCGCGGCUCGACGAGGACGGCAUGGUGUACGACAUGGGCGGCGGCCAGUGCACCUAUUUCCAGGACCGGAUGCGGCAGUACCCCUUUGCGACAGAGACGGCGGGGCUCGCGCUGCUGCGCCGGCUCCUCCUCGUCGAGCGGCGCCCUCGAUCAACGCCACCUCGGAGGAACGAGAGGAGCGAGCACCUGUACGUGAUGAAGCCGACGAUGAAGUCCGCGCCAAAGAGCGGCGGCGGUGGCAGCGGCGAGGGUGAGAAUGGCGGCAACGGCGGCGGCGGUAGCAGCGGCGGGCGGCCUCUCCUGCGCGUGGCGUCGCUCGGGGGAGGGCCCGGGUACGAGCUGCUCGCCUUGGCUUGGUACUUGGAGCAGCUCGCAGGGGAGCGAGGCGUGGCGCCGCCGAGGCUUGACUUGGUCUCCCUCGACCUGCAGCCGUCGUGGGAGCCGUACCUGCUCGCGCUGCCAGAGCCGGCCGAGGCGGAGGCGGGUGGCGGCGGCACCACGUACCGCUUCGCGCAGUGGGAUAUCAAGGCGGGCGUCGACGCGCGCGACGCGGCGGGCGGCCCGCUCGACCUCUGCCUCGUCUCGAACGUGCUCGUCUACUGUUCCGACGAGCCGUCCGCCGCCGUGCUCGCCGCGCUGCUGGAGAGCGGCGUCAAGGCGAUCCUCCUCAAUGAACGCGGCGGCGAGCAAAAGAUGGUCGGCAUGGUCGAGCGGCACGGCGUCGUCGUCGCCAAGCUGCUCGACCAGGACUCCGCUGCCGGCCGGGACGACAGGCAGCUCGUCUUUGCGCCUGCCGGCACUUCGCUGCCGAGCCCGAGCGGAGCGCUGGCGCAUGUGUUUCCCAACGUGCCGUAUGAGGAGUCAAAGCAGAGGUAG